AUGUCAAGCGAAGGACCAUGUAUUGGAAUUGAUCUUGGAACCACAUACAGUUGCGUUGGUGUGUGGCAAAACGACCGUGUCGAGAUCAUAGCAAAUGAUCAAGGCAAUCGGACAACACCCUCAUACGUCGCAUUCACUGAAAGCGAAAGACUGAUCGGAGAUGCAGCUAAAAAUCAAGUCGCGAGAAACCCGGAAAACACAGUCUUUGACGCUAAAAGACUAAUUGGAAGAAAAUUCAACGAGCCUGUUGUACAAAGUGAUAUAGAAAUUGCCCGAGGAUGGCGCUAUAUUGCGCCAUCCUCGGGCAAUUGGAGACACGGCUCCACACGGGAAUUGUGUUCCACGUGUGGAGCCAUUUUUCCACGUGGGAAAAUGUGGAUUCCACACGUGGAAUACGGUUCCCGUGUGGAGCCAAUUUUCGCUUGCCCUAGGAUGGCGCCAUAUAGCGCCAUCCUAGGGCAAAUCCUAUAUGCGACUUUGGCCUUUUAGAGUCAUCUGUGGAGUUGAUGAGCGUCCUCAGAUUGUUGUGCAGUUCAAAGGCCAAGAAAAAAGAUUCUACCCAGAAGAAAUCUCUGCUAUGGUGCUCACAAAAAUGAAAGAAACCGCUGAAGCUUAUCUUGGCAGAUCAGUAAAAAAUGCUGUUGUUACAGUCCCUGCUUAUUUCAACGACUCUCAAAGACAAGCUACCAAAGAUGCAGGAACUAUUGCAGGACUUGAAGUAAAGCGUAUUAUCAACGAGCCAACUGCAGCUGCUAUAGCAUAUGGACUUGAUAAAAAAGGCCAAGGUGAGACAAAUAUUCUUAUAUUUGACUUGGGUGGCGGGACAUUUGAUGUAUCAUUACUAACUAUUGACGAUGGGAUUUUUGAAGUAAAAGCAACCUCAGGGAACACUCAUUUGGGAGGAGAAGAUUUCGACAAUCGAAUGGUCGAAUUUUGCGCCAAUGAUUUUAAGAAAAAAUCAGGAGUUGACAUAAGAUCAAAUAAUCGUGCUUUGAGAAGACUUAGAACUGCCUGUGAAAGAGCCAAAAGAACGCUUUCGUCAGCGACUCAAGCAAGCAUUGAAAUUGAUUCUCUUGCAGAUGGCACUGAUUAUUUUACCACAAUCACAAGAGCCAAAUUUGAAGAGUUGAAUAUGGACUACUUCAGAGGAUGUCUUGAGCCUGUUGAACGUGUUUUGAGAGACUCUGGGCUAGCUAAGAACCAAGUCCAUGAAAUUGUGCUUGUAGGUGGAUCAACAAGAAUUCCAAAAGUUCAGCAAAUAAUUCAAGAGUUUUUCAAUGGGAAAGAACCAUGCAGAAAUAUAAACCCAGAUGAAGCUGUCGCAUAUGGAGCUGCAGUGCAAGGAGCUAUACUUUCAGGAGAAUCCUCAAGCCAAGUCCAAAGCGUUGUGCUAUUAGAUGUAACUCCUUUAUCACUUGGAAUUGAAACGGCAGGAGGAGUUAUGACAGUAUUAAUUCCUAGAAAUUCCACAAUCCCAACUAAAAAGGCUCAAACUUUCACCACUUAUGCUGACAACCAGCCUGGCGUCUGCAUCCAGGUAUUUGAAGGUGAAAGAUCAAUGACCCGAGACAAUCAUCUCCUUGGAAAAUUCAACUUAGAAGGAAUCCCGCCAGCCCCCAGAGGAGUCCCACAAAUUGAAGUGAGCUUUGAUGUCGACGCAAACGGAAUUCUAAAUGUCUCAGCCCUCGACAAAGCCACAGGAAAAGUCAAUAAAAUCACCAUCACCAAUGAUAAAGGAAGGCUCAGCAAAAAUGACAUUGAAAGAAUGGUAAGUGAAGCUGAAAGAUACAAGAGAGAAGAUGAAGAAGCCAAACAAAAAGCUGAAGCGAAAAAUGGGCUUGAAAGCUACACUUAUAACAUGAGAAAUACCCUCAAUGAUGAAAAUCUGAAGGAUAAAAUUGAAGCAGGGGACAGACAAAUUAUCGAGUCGAAAAUUGAUGAAGUUCAAAGAUGGCUGGAGUCUCAUCAGAAUGUAGAAACUAAGGAGUAUGAAGCAAAGCAAAAGGAAUUGGAAAAUGUUUGCAAUCCAAUUAUGAUGAAGAUCUAUCAAAAAGGAGGAAUGCCAAACAUGAAUGGAAUGAAUAGCGCUCCUGGCGGACAGAAGAAUGAAGGAAGCCAAGGAAGAGGGCCAACUGUUGAAGAAGUGGAUUAA